UCCGGCAAUUGGCAUCAGUUUCGUUUGUCACUCAGCAAAUCAAAACCAGCCCAGCCAAGAUGUUCAAGUUCCUCGCCAUCGCCCUGUUCGCCCUGAUUGCCUGCGUCGCCGCCAAGCCCGGCAUCGUGGCUCCUCUGGCCUACUCCGCCUCCCUGGUGGCUGCUCCCUCGGCGGCUGUCUACUCCCGGGAGUACCACGGCAACUUCGCAGCUCCCUACGUGGCAGCCUCUCCCUACGUGGCCUCCCCCUACGUGGCCUCCCCCUACGUGGCAUCCCCUUACGUGGCAUCGCCCUAUGUGGCGUCUCCCUACGUGGCUGCCCCCUACACUGCUCCUCUGCUGCUGAAGAAGUAGAUUGCCCUACUGGAUAUGGACUGGAUUAAUAGAAAUGAUUAAAUAAUAAAAGAACUACUAGAAACGAAAAAA